AUGUCUCGACGCGCUACCCCGGCACAAGCUGCGCAUAAUCAGCAGAUCAUCAAAGGUCUGCUGAAACUCGACUGUAAUAAGAUAUGCGCUGACUGCAAGCGCAAUAAACAUCCGCGAUGGGCAUCUUGGAAUUUGGGCGUCUUUAUUUGUAUCCGUUGUUCGGGCGUUCACAGGGGCAUGGGCACCCAUAUUAGCAGAGUCAAGUCGGUCGAUCUGGAUGCCUGGACAGAUGAACAGCUGCAGAGUAUAGUGAAAUGGGGCAACUCGAGAGCCAAUAAGUAUUGGGAGUCGAAGUUGGCGCCUGGUCAUAUUCCCUCGGAAGCUAAGAUUGAGAAUUUCAUUCGGACCAAGUAUGAAUCGAAAAGAUGGGUCAUGGACGGCCCCAUGCCCGACCCUUCCACGCUGGACGAUGGAGAUGAUGAUGUGCCCCUUGCGGUUGUACAGGAAAAGGCAAAGCUUCAGCGAUCCGCGUCUCAGAGAACAGCAUCUUCCAGUCAACCUCUAGUUGCCCACCGGACUCGACAGCAGCAACAGCCAGCGGUUGAUCUUUUGAUUGGCGGUGAUAACGAUGUGGCUUCUCCUCCAGCCCGCCCGAACACAACUCAGCCAAGCACACGCCCACCGCCGCCUAAAGAACCCCAGGCUCCUCCCAAACCAAGUCGCUCAGGGGAUACAUUGAUUGGGCUGGACUUCUUCGGGAGCACUCAGGCUCCUACGAUUGACCGUUCGGCCAGCCCAGCAUCAACUCGUACGAACUCAACGGGGAUGUCUCGGCCUGAUCUCAAGCAGUCUAUCUUAUCUCUCUAUUCGAAGCCCCCGCCAGCUCCCGCACAACACGAGCGAUCGUCCUCCUUCGCAGAUCUGGCUUCUCCGUCGACGCAAUCAUCGUCUUCAAAGCUGGGCGGGCUGACUGAUGCCUUCAGCGGGUUGAGCUUCCCGUCGUCCAAGGCCGCCUCUCCGCCGCCUGCGAAGCCAGCUGAAAAACCGUCGCCUUUUGCAAGUCUGACAUCCUUUGCCACCGCAAAGUCCACACCGGUGGCACCUCAGGUCACUUCUCGUACUUCUUCCAUCAGUGGCGGUAGCUUGUUCGAUAGUCUCACGUCUCCUGGCCUACCUCCCCAGCCGCAACAGCGUACCGCAUCAGUAUCUUCUAAUGGCCUAGGUUCAGUGUUUACGAGCCCUACACCAGCGAAUACCGCACAGACCUUCCAGUCACCUCCAUCUAAUGAUCCAUUCGGCUUCAACAGCCCGCCCCCUUCGGCGCCCAAACCUACACCACAACCUCCUGGCUGGAAAUCCCAGCAGCCGGACUUGAAGUCAGCCUUCAACCUCUCCAAGCCCAAUCCGGCCCCGCCACCGAAAGCCGAUGUCUCUGCAGCAACUUCGACUGCCACAAGCAUGUUUUCGGCAAAUCCCUGGGGAGCUGAUGCCUGGAGCACACCUGAACCAGCACCCCCAGUGCCUUCCAAGACAGAGUCUAUAAUGAAAGUUCCCGAUACGUUGACGGCCAAUGACAUCGGUGCGGGCUGGGGUGUGCCGUCUUCCAGCGCUGCUUCGAAGCCAGCGCCGACUAUAGCUGCCGAUGAGGACUUUGGUGGAUGGGCUAGUGCGGUGCCGACUUCACCAGGCACCAGCACGACUGUUGCUACCGACACCACUCAAACUGUUACCUCGUCCAAACCGGCAGGCGGGUUUGGGGGAGCUGAUGAUUUGUUCUCCAACGUUUGGGAGUAG